AUGGACGCCGUUCUGCACGAGCAGUUCCAGCGCGUCGAGGCCGCACUCGGCACGCUCGUCGACUCGAUCGCGUCCUAUAACCCCUCGCCGCAGGCCGCAGCCGACCUCAUCGCCGCCGACGAGGAGCUGGGCCGCCGGCUGGACCAGCUCGCGCAACACCAGGCAAACCGUGACCGCAUCCAAGCCCUGCACGCCGAAGCCGAAGCUCUCGAAGAGCAGCUGAGGUCCUCGGUUGCGACCCUCGCCAGCCUGCGCCGCGAGCUCUUCGAGACGCCCGCGACCACCUUCCCAGAGAACUCGCGGCCGGUCCCCUUCGACGAACUGCUCCAGUACGCAAAGAACAUCUCCAAGUACACCGUCCCGCCGACGUACCGCGAGCGCGUCCCCCCACCAAAGGCAGGCCAGGACAACGACGGAGAGGACGGCGGCUCCAGCGCUGCAGCGUCUCAUGCGGCGAAUACCCCUGCGAAUGCUGCUGGCGCAUCCGCAGCUACGCAAGAGCCACCAAAGGACACCGCACCAGGCCAAGGAGAGGAGCCGAAAGACAUCACAGCCGAGGAGGCAGAAUGGCUGAAGAAACUCAAUGAUAGCCAGAUGCCCUGGUUCCCAUGGCCCAACAACGACAAGAUUCGGCGAGGCAACCUGAUGCAGAUCCAGCAUGAGCGUGACCAAGGCAACGACCCCGCGCAAAUCGACAUCGCAGGACGCGCGGAAGAGGAGAAGAAGAAGGUGGGGGCAGUGGUACAGGUCGCUCGAGUGGCUCCAAAGCCCGCAGAUUCGCCCAAGAAGCCGGUUGAAGCUGCGCGGCGGGUUGAGGCUCCUGCACCGCAGGAACGGGAAACGAAGGUCUUUACUGGCUUUGAUUUCACGGAAGAAGAAGAGGAGGACUAGUCGUCCGAGUGCCCUCGAGGAGCUCCGCGCGAGUAAUGUCUACUGGCGGCAAUAUGAUACCAAUACCAAUGUAUAUAUCAACAUUCGGUCUUUGCUUCUUUUGCAGGGACGCAUUUGUUCCUUGUAAGUUACGGCGUCAGAUAAUUCGGACUGCCCUUUGCGCGCCGAGCGCUCAGAAUAGGGCUGCGAAGCUCCUCACAACGCGCAUCCCAAUUCAAUCUCGUGGAUCCAGCAUGCCGCUUCCAAUGGCAAAUCCUAGCGAGGUAAUCGGCAUGUCGGCAUCUACUUUUCAACGCUAGCGGCAUCUCGACUCAUCAU